AUGGAGCUUUCCCGCAUUAUCCUCGCCAUCGUCGUCUACCUUGUCCUCCGUUUCAUCCGUACUCGCUUCUUCGGCAACAACACCACCGGAUCCACCAUGUCUCACGGAAAGGUUAUCGAGGUUGACAACCCCGUCAUCUUCAAGGCGCUCACCUCUAACGGUCCUGUGGUCGUGGACUUCUUCGCAACCUGGUGCGGUCCGUGCAAGGCCGUUGCGCCAGUGGUCGGCAAGCUCAGCGAAACCUACACCAAUGUGCGCUUCAUCCAGGUCGACGUCGAUAAGGUCCGCUCGGUGGCGCAGGAACUGGAGGUGCGCGCUAUGCCCACGUUUGUCCUGUACAAGGAUGGUCAGCUGCAGGAGAAGCGCGUCGUGGGUGGAAACAUGAAGGAGCUGGAGGCAGCCAUCAAGGAAAUUACGGCAUAA